AUGAAGCCAUGGACCAGCCAGGAUCCAUUCUGGCAGAGACUUGAAGGGUCAAACCAGUAUCCAAACCAUCCGGGAGCACAAUCUCUCGUUGAGAAAUACCUCAAAAGCGUGGACGAGCUGGCACAGAGCUUUGUGCAUCUGGUCGCGCAAUGCCUGUCCCUUCCUGCCGACACCUUUGACGAGUUCAAAGGUAAAAUGAGUCGACUGAAAUUUGUGAAGUAUCCGCAAUCCGCGCCCGAAUCCCAAGGGGUUGGCCCGCACAAGGAUUCCGCUGGCCUGUUCACUUUUCUCUCACAGGACGACUCCGGUGGGCUACAGGUCCUGAACAAGAACGGCGAAUGGAUCGACGUCCCUCCAGUUGACGGUAGCCUGGUGAUCAACAUCCAACAGGGAUUUGAGGCUAUUACAGGAGGUAUCUGCGCAGCCACAACGCAUCGUGUGAUCGCGCCCACUUCCAGGACUCGAUACAGCAUUCCCUAUUUCCUUGGGGUCAGGUUAGACCUGACUCUGGAAAAAUUGAAGGAGUCAGCCGCUCAUAUUGUGGGCCGCAUUCCUACCUCGGACGACCGCAAGAAACGUGCAGUUGAUGUCCCAAGUGAAUUCUUGUCUCCUCUCUAUUCCUGUUUUGGGGAGGCGCAUCUGAGAAAUCGCAUCUUGAGCCACCCCGAUGUGGGACAGCGGUGGUAUCCAGAGCUGUAUUCGAAAUAUUCUCAACAGAAUUUUAAGUAG